AUGCAAUUCAAGAACACCAUCAUCCUGGCCCUUGCCGCCACCGUUUCCGGGCAAGCCAUUCUCUCUACCAGCACCUCUGAAGGUGCAGUCUCAACCGCCACUUUCUCAUCCAGCAGUGCCGUCUCCACUGCAUCCGGAAUAAGCUCCUCUCUUUCAUCGGAAGCUUCAUCCGUCGGAUCCUCCCUGUCCUCUGAGUUUUCUUCGCGUACAGCCUCUAUCACCGGCACCUCUGCAUCCUCCGCCCUCGCGUCGAUCUCUUCGUCCCUCAGCUCCCGCCAGUCUUCCAUCGCAUCAAGCGUCAGCUCUAAGCUAUCGAGCGCGCAGUCUAGCGCGUCUUCUGCUGCGGGCCAGGGCACGAGCUCGAGCUCCGCUGGUGCCGCGUACCAAACCGCUGCUGUUGGAUUGGGUGCGCUCUUCGGUGGCGCUGCGCUGUUCGCUGCCAAUCUCUAA